AUGCAGCAGCAUUUUCUACUCAGCUAUCUCCGACGACCUAGCCGUCGUUACCAUACUUUCAAUGACACCGCCGCCGCUGCAACUUCCUCCGUCGUUACCUCCAUCAACUGGGUCCGGGACCGGGCACUCGAUCACGCCGUCGAGAAAGAAAGAGACCUCAAACCCAUGCUUAACGUAAAAAACCUCUUAACUUCCGAGCCAUCAAAGUCUCUUCCUAUCUCCGUAAUCUCCGACAAAAGAGCUUCAUUAGGUAUACCCGUCCGCCCUAUUGAUUUUAUUCGAAAAUACCCUUCUGUAUUCCAAGAAUUCCUUCCAGGUGGUUUAGGAAUCCACCCUCACGUCAAGUUAACCCCAGAAAUCCUCACCCUUGACGCCGAAGAACAGCUUCUUUUCCAGAGUGAGAUUCAAAAACAAGAUGUAGCCAAUCGCCUUUUGAAGCUACUGAUGAUAGCUAGAAUCAACAAACUCCCUCUUUGUGUCAUUGAUCGCUUAAAAUGGGAUCUGGGUUUGCCUCAUGAUUACACCCAAAGUGUUGUUCCUCAGUUUCCCGACUACUUUCAAGUCGCUAGUAAUGGAAACGAACUUGAAUUGGUUUGUUGGAGUGAUGAAGUAGCAGUAUCUGUGAUGGAAAAGAAGUCAAUGACUUCAUUUCCUUUGCAAUAUUCUCGUGGAUUCGAGGUGGAUAAGAAAUUUAAGAAAUGGGUUGAUGGGUGGCAGAAGUUGCCAUACAUUUCCCCUUAUAAGAAUGCACUGGAUUUGCAGGCAAAGAGCGAUGAAUCUGAUAAAUGGACUGUUGCUGUAUUGCAUGAGCUUCUUCACCUUUUGGUACCCAAGAGAACCGACAAGGAUAAUCUACUGUUUCUUGGUGAAUAUUUGGGUGUUCGAUCAAGAUUUAAGAGGGCAUUGCUUCAACACCCUGGGAUCUUCUAUGUUUCUAGUAAAUUGAACACACAUACAGUGGUUUUGAGAGAGGCUUAUAAGAGGGAUUUGUUAGUUUCGAAGCCUCAACAUCCAUUGAUGAUUUUGAGGUCUAACUAUAUUCAUUUGAUGAACAUGGUGAUGGUAAACAAAUCUAAGAACACCAAUCAAGCUGUUAGACCGAAAAAAGACAAGACUACACAAGAUUCGAAUGAAGGAGAAGAUAACGAAUGGAGUGAUACUGCAAGCGAGCAGGAAGGGGAUGAAAUGGUGUCUUCCUUAUCAGGUUCUGAAUCUGAAGGUGUUACUGAUGGUGAUUCUAUGGAAGGAGACAGAUUGGUUGUUAAUGGAAGAACACCCACCAAGAAAACGAAAUUUGAAGGGCAGGUUCCUUUGAAGCAAACUGGAAACAUUUCGGUUCAAAAGGGAAGGAAGCAUAUAAGUACUGAUGAUUCUGAUCAAGAAAAUGGGAAUAGAAAGAUUAGAGGAAGAACAAUGAAGUUUAACCAUAAUGAUUCGCCUAGAAGAAACACUCCAAAUGCAAGAAGCAGCGAGAACGAUGGUAGGAGAAGAGGUAAAGGAAAAACUAGAAAGAACAUGUUCGAUGAAAAGAUGAAUUCAGAAACCAAUCAGAUGUCUGAUAGAAGAGGCAGAGGAACAAGUAGGAAGAACAUGCUUGAUGAGAAGACGAAUUUAGAAACCAAUAUGAUGUCUGAAAGAAGAGGCACAAGGGAAACAAACCGUUCAAGAUUUCUUGGAACAGAGGUUCCAGCUGCUCAAAAAGCUCGUGGCAGAUCAUCAGAGAGAUGGGGUGGCUCAAGAACAAGGGAGUCAAGAUUUCAGACUGCAGAUGUUUAAUCUUGUGUGAGUUCUUCUCCAGCUUAGUUAUGUAUUGUUCCCUUGUGCUAAAUUUUGUUUUCAGCCGGAAUCUUUAAUAAUCUUUCAGAACUUGAUUCA